AUGGGCAUAAACCCGAGCGCUGCGGUGGACCGAGCCCGCAGCAUGAGCCGAGGCCGGAAGAGGUCGCGCUCCGAGAGCCCGUCGGUGGAGCGGUCCAAGUCGCGAGGCAGGAGCAAGACCCCGCAGGAGGAGGGUCUGCGAGACAAGCGACAGAAGCUGGAGGUCGAGGUCAAGGCCAAGAAGGCGCAGAGGACCAUGAACAAGGACGGACGAAAGGGAGAGGCCGACAGACACAUCUACAACCUCAAGCCCAAGCAUCUCUACGCCGGCAAGCGCGGCAACGGCAAGACCGACAGGAGGUGA